CGUCACUAGCUGCAGACCGGCACGAAAGUAGCAGAAACCCUCAGAGGAAUAGUGUAGCCUGUUGCAUUUGAAGGAAUAUCUGCUGUGAUGUCGCUCGUAGCGUUUUCCGCCUUGUGCCUCACUCUGCUCACGUGCGCAGCCGCGAGCGCUGUUUUGCACAAAUCCAACGCCAUCAAGUUUGGUCCAGCUGCGGGCACCGCGAGCCCAGAUGUGCUUCCAGUGGACGAUGGGGAGCAGAACUUAGCCAUUGAUACUGCACAACCGCUCGUGUGCACGGCUGACUCUGAGUGCGCCCGCGAGGAGUUCUGCUUCCUCUCCCGUGGCGCGUGCCUUCAGUGCAAGAAACGCCGAAAGCGUUGCGUCCGGGAUGCCAUGUGCUGCCCAGGCAACCACUGUAGCAACGGAGUGUGUCAAGCGAACGACCCAGAUCUCAUUCUCCAAGCUGGAGUAGAAGAGCUUGUGCCCAUCAGCACUCUGCAUGAGAAGAACACUACAGAGGUCCAGCAGUCCAAAGUAGUAACUCAAGGUGCACCUCAAAAUCUAAAAGGUCUGGAAGGAGAGAUCUGCCUGAGAUCUUCAGACUGUGCAGAGGGUCUGUGCUGUGCCCGCCACUUUUGGUCCAAGAUAUGCAAGCCAGUGCUGAAAGAAGGCCAGGUGUGCACAAAGCACAAGCGGAAAGGCACUCAUGCUCUGGAGAUUUUCCAGCGGUGCGACUGUGGGGAAGGUCUGAGCUGCAGGAUGCAGAAAGGAGAUCACAGCAACGCCUCACGAAGCCUCCACACAUGCCAGAGACACUGAGAUUCUCAAUUCGAGGAUUAUUUGCUGAAUGUUUCUGGGAAGCGGGACCAGUCUGAAAGAACAUAGAAAAAUGUCACCAAUGGAAAUGGAAAUGGGAUACUCUGUUGUUGUUCUUGUUUUGUUUUUUUUUGUUUUUUUUUUACAUAUAUAUUUUAUAUUCUUAUUUCUUUCCAUCUCCAGUUGUGUGUGUCAACAUUUCAGAGUAGAUAUAAAUGUUUCUCUAUGGAACUUGGCAUUUGAUGGUUGCAGUACAUUACUGUAUUGUAAAUACUAUUAGGAAGUUGGCACUUAACUCUGAUUUUUGUCAACACACAGAGGAUGCAUCACCCCCUUUUGUAUAUACAGAUUUUCACAAUCAUACAGAGUGUGAGAUAAGUCUAUUUUUUAUUCUAAAUAAAGAGUUUAAUACUAUUUAUGUUUCAGAUCAUGUCUAAGUAUGCAAAGACAAUCUGGUAGAUUAUUUCUGUAAUAGUUCAGAUGUAGAUAUUUGUUACAAUUACCAAUAAAAAGAUAAAUGGUAAUCUUUUUAAGAGUAAUACCAGUUACAUUCUUUCAUUCAAAUAGAUAUUAAAACUAAAUGUAGCAUUGUGAGAAUAACCAAUAGCAAUAAAUAUGGAAAAAGAUGGAGGGGGGAUGGGGCUGGCAACAGAUGGUAAACAGUUAUGUUUAUGUACUUAAUAAUGUGGCUUAAAGUUAUUCGAUUAAUGGGCAAUAGAAAGUUGCACAGUAACAUUUCCUGUUGCUUUCAACACAGUGCAUUAUGAAAAUGCAAAUUGGGCAUAUGGAGGAUAAUAGCUUGCUGUGACAUUGAGUGUGCAAAGAAAAAAAAAAAAUGCAAUGCUUGUUCUGGUGCUAUCUAUUUCAAUAUGUCUGCUUUACAUUAACUGUAUUAAUUGAGCUGUUAAGUCUUAAAGGAUUAAGGAUGCUGAAAUCAAUUAACAUGGAAUGAAAGUUUAAACAGGUGUAGAAUAUAAAUGCUAGAGACGAUGGGUACACACAAUAAUCCAUAUCUGAUAAAGCAAAGAACUUGAAUGUAUGUGUGUGUGUACAUGUGUGUG